AUGGCUGAAGCGGUGGCUUUGGCCGCCGUGUCCGUGAAGGCUCGGAUGGCGCUCACCGUGCUAGGGCAGGUGGUGCUGCCGGGUGAGGAGCUGUUACUGCCGGAGCAGGAGGACGCGGAAGGGCCUGGCGGGGCCGGGGAGCGACAGCUGAGCCUCAAUCCCGGGUCGCGCUCGCGGGUGCGCGUGGUGUGCGGCCCCGGGUUGCGGCGCUGCGGCGACCGGCUGCUGGUUACCAAGUGCGGCCGCCUGCGGCACAAGGAACCCGGCGGCGGUGGCGGCGUCUACUGGGUGGACUCGCAGCAGAAGCGGUAUGUCCCAGUGAAAGGAGACCAUGUGAUUGGCAUAGUGACAGCUAAAACUGGAGAUAUAUUCAAAGUUGAUGUUGGUGGGAGCGAACCAGCUUCUUUAUCUUACUUGGCAUUUGAAGGUGCAACUAAAAGAAACAGGCCAAAUGUGCAGGUUGGAGAUCUCAUCUAUGGGCAAUUUGUGGUUGCUAAUAAAGAUAUGGAACCAGAGAUGGUCUGUAUUGACAGCUGUGGACGAGCCAACGGAAUGGGUGUGAUUGGACAGGAUGGUCUGCUCUUUAAAGUGACUUUGGGCUUAAUUAGAAAGCUUCUCGCUCCAGACUGUGAAAUCAUACAGGAAGUGGGAAAACUUUAUCCACUGGAGAUAGUAUUUGGAAUGAAUGGAAGAAUAUGGGUAAAGGCAAAAACAAUUCAGCAGACUUUAAUUCUGGCAAAUGUUUUAGAAGCCUGUGAACACAUGACAACAGAUCAGAGAAAACAGAUUUUCUCUAGACUGGCAGAUGGCUAA